AGUUUUUCCCCCUCCUCCUCUUUCUCUCUCUUAUCUCUCAAACACAACUCAAAGAAAGAAGAAUUUAAGUAUGGUUAGUUGCCCUGCAUGUGCUCUGUUCAAUCACAGAGUUCACUUUAUAGCAUAAUUAUCACCCCAUACAAUCGUGCUCCCCUUUAUAAAUCAAUCACUGCUUUUUAUCAAGCCUCCUCCUCUCCUACCUCUAGCUCUUAUUUGCUUCCAUUUUUCAAAACUUGUCCCUUUGCUUUGUAGUAUUUUGUAACUACCGGAGCCAAUAUGGGUGCGGAAGCUAAACAGGAACAAGCUAAGGCAGAAACCAAGCCAGAGGAAAAGAAAACAGAGAAAACAGAGGAGAAGAAAGAAGAGCCAAAGCCGCCGUCGCCUUUCGUGUUGUUUGUAGACUUGCAUUGCCUGGGUUGUGCCAAGAAGAUUGAGAGGUCCAUCUUGAACAUAAAAGGAGUUGAGGGGGUGGAGAUUGAUAUGUCACAAAACCAAGUUACAAUCAAAGGGGUGGUUGAGCCACAAGCCGUAUGCGCAAAGAUAAUGAAGAAAACAAAGAGAAGAGCAAGAGUACUGUCCCCAUUGCCUGCGUCCGAGGGUGAACCUCUCCCCGAAGUCGUUAAUUCACAGGUUAGUGGAUUGACCACCGUUGAACUUAAUGUCAACAUGCACUGUGAGGCUUGUGCUGAGCAACUUAAGAGAAAGAUACUCAAGAUGGGAGGGGUAACAAGUGCAACAACAGAGUUGAGCUCAAUGAAAGUGACCGUGACCGGCACAAUGGACGCAGAUAAGCUGGUGGAAUACGUUUACAGGCGCACCAAAAAGCAAGCCAAAAUCGUCCCACAGACCGAGCCCGAACCAAAGCCCGAAGAGAAGAAGGAAGCCGAGAAGCCGGCCGAAGAACCCAAACCAGAAGAGAAGAAGGAGGAAGGAGAGGGCGGCGAGAAGCCACCAGGCGAAGAGAAGAAAGAAGGCGGCGCCGGCGAGAACGAGAACAGUACUGGGAAAGAAGAAGAUCAGGCGAAGAAAGAAGCAGCUGGGGACGAGCAGAACAUCAUGAAUGUUGUUCCUGGUGAUGAACAAGCCAUGCAAAGAAUGAUGUACUAUUACCAGCCCCUUUACGUUAUGGAGAGAAUCCCACCACCCCAGCUGUUUUCGGACGAAAACCCGAAUGCCUGUUGCAUUACGUGAAUUUGAAAUCUGUACAACUUUGAUCAUGGUUCCAUGCAUGAUAAUUAGGCUAUAGUAAUAAGAAAAAUAAUUGUCCUGUCUUAA